CAGUGCCCUGAUGAUCGGUGCCCAGCAGUGACACCCGCAAGUUCCGCCCAGCAGUGCGCCCACUAUUGCCCCCACCUGUGCCCAGCAGUGCCCCCACCUGUGCCCAGCAGUUGCACCCACCUGUGCCACUCUGCAGUGCCACCUACCUGUGCCCAGAAGUGCCACCUACAUGUGCCCAGCAGUGCCACCCACCUGUGCCCACCCACCUGUGCCCACCAGUGCCACCCACCCACCUGUGCCCACCCACCAGUGCUGCCCACCAGUGCCACCCACCAGUGCAGCCCAGCAGUGCUG